CUUCAAAUUUACAUUUAAUUCGGUGAAUAUGCGGUCUGCUACGUUUGUGGAGUAGUUCCUAAGAAAUGAAAAACUAAGUUUCUCAAGUUUAAGCUUUCCUGUGUUGUUGGUGAAAGUUUUUAACACUGCAUAUUGUGCAAUGCUUUGAUUUUUAUGAUACAUUUUUACUAGAGCUUUUCGUUUGCUACGUAUUUAUGUACGUGUAGAAUUUUUUUUUGAUUUGUAUUUGAUAAUCAUUCCGGGUUUACGAUGAUUCGUAAGCGAUCUUUGCUCAGUGAUAUAUGCGAUGUAAAAAGAAAAAGACUGAAUUCUUAUCAGGAAAACGGAUCACUUAAAGCUAUUCCAACUGAUACCAGUCGUGCUCUACAGUAUCUUUCAUCAAUUUUUCCUUUAGAAAAGUUCCAGAAUAGGCUUCCUCCUAUAGUCAUGAGGCAUCAAAUUUAUGCCUUUGUAAAGUGUCGAACAGAAGUGGAUAAACAGUUGAGUGAUAUGUGUAAGCAAGGAGAAAUCAGGUUAUUUAAACUAGGUAAUAGUGAAGAUGAAAUUGCCAUUGUAUAUAUGAAAGAUUACAAACAGCAUGUUGAAAGAUGCUGCCAGAACAACACUGUAGUGGGUUAUUUUAUGAAUACUGUUGUUACAGUGUCCCCCGACAUUUGUUUUGCCAAAAAUAUUUUAAUGAGUAACUAUGGAAUUAAAGAAGGCAACAUUAGGUUUGUUGAUAUGUGUUGCAUUGUCAUAGUUUGCAAUCUUCCACCUGGUGCUUUUCUGUCUGAGCAGACUAGCAAGCCUGCAAAUUUUGCUGUGAUACUGAAACAAGAAAUCGAUUGUCAAUUUUCAACAAUGACCUUCAGGCAUUAUUUGCCCGAAAAACUGGGAUUGAGAGCCCCUGGGAGACUAGAAAAAGACAAAGGAGGUUCUCUGGAGACAAAGACAGAAGUUGCCAGAUGGCUAAAUCUGAGUCCUUCUGUGGUUCAUAGACUUUAG